AUGGCCAGCAAUAUUACGCACAGAGUAGGCGUCGCCGGCGGGACCGGAGGCCUCGGUCGAACCAUUGUCGAGCACAUCGCCAACACCGGCCGCUACACCGUCUACGUGCUGACUCGGAGCGCCACCGGCGUCGUUGCCGGCCGUCGAGGUGUCGAGGCUCUGGAGCUGGAUUACUCAUCGCCGUCGUCCAUUGCCGAGCGGCUGCGGGCCGAGAACAUCGACACCGUCGUCUCCGUCAUCGGCAUGCUAUCUGAAGAUGACCAUCGCGCGCAGCUGAAUCUGAUCGAGGGCGCUGCUCUUUCGGGGACAGUGACGCGGUUCGCGCCGAGCGAGUAUGGCUGGGAUUACGAAGGCGCGGCGAAGCAUGGCUUCCCACCAAACAUCCCCGUCAUAGGCGCGUACAAGCCUGCCACCUACAAAGCCGAAACCAUCGAAAAGCUACGCAGCUACAGCAAAAGCACCGACACCAGCACCACCACCACCACCACCAACGACGACGACGACAACGACAAUGACGAAAACACCCCCACUCCCGCCCCUGCCACCACCACCACCAACAAGCUAACAUUCACGCGCUUCAUCAGCGGGCUGCUGAUGGACUUCUUCGGGCACCCGCACGAGCCGGUCAACGGCUUCCCGGUCGUGGUGGCGCUGGACGUCGAGAACGCGCGCGCCGCCAUCCCGGGCACGGGCAACGCCAACGUGGCCAUGACGCACUCGAGCGACAUCGGCGCCUUCGUCGCGCGCAUGCUGGCGCUCGAGUCCGGACGGUGGCCCGAGAAGUGCUGGAUCGUCGGCGAUCGGUUGACGUGGAAUGAGGCGCUGGUGUUUGCGGAGAGGGCGAGGGACAAAAUGUUCGACAUGAAGUACGACGCCCUGACCGACCUCAAGGCCGGCCGCGUCACCGAGCUGCCGGCCAACAGGCCGCGCUACGCGCUGGCCUCGAAGCAGAUGCUCGACGGCCUGUUCUGCGUCUGGGGCAUCGCCUUCGCCGAGGGCUGGUUCGACUUCCCGGGAGACACCAUCACCGAGCUCUUUCCUGACAUGAAGACCACCUCGUUUGAGAAGCUCGUGCAGAGGAGCUGGGCGUCGAAGAGCCGGUAA